AUGAACAAGAACGACAUAAUCAUUGCUAUCCAAACCGUGAACACAAUCGCCUAUGUUGUCACGAUUAUAAUCGGAAUUGGAGGGAAUUUUUGGGUUUCUUGGAAGGUCGGUGUAGUAUUCCUAUUCGACAAAACCUCAGUGCCUCGAAACAUCGUCAUGCUUAUUCUUUUCAUCUGUGUUGCUGAUCUACUCGUACUCCUCCACUUAAUUCUAUACGUACACUUUCAAUUCCACCAACAAUGGAUCUUUGGGACCUAUGUUUGCAAAUCAUUCUUCAUAAUCGAGGUGGUCAACAAAUUAGUCAUCCCAUUGGCUCUACUUCUCAUCAGUCGGGAAUCCUAUGAAUCUGUACGGAUGACGUCACACAAAUGUGCGAAGAAGGGGUUGAACCCCAGAUUCUUUUUCUUUAGGAUGUAUGCGGGGAUGGCGUCUUGCGCUGUUGUUAUGAUGCUGAUCUCCGUGCUAAUCUUCGCUGACAUCCGAACCUUCGUCAUUCCUCGAAAAGGAACGCCUACAGAGGUCACCGUUUGCAGUUUCCACCCUCCACAUCCUUAUGCAACCAUCUUCGACGUCCUUGCAUUUGUGUUCGGUUAUGUGUUCACUAGUGCCGCCUACGUCUAUUUCUACCUGAGGGUACCGAUGAUAUUAAAAAGAAGAUACUCAUCGAUCAAGACCACUUCGAGCAGCUCAAACCGUAUCAACUGCAACUCGAUCCUUCGCAUCCGUCGUACCGUAACCGCCUUCGUCAUCGUCUACCUAGUAUGCUGGACUCCUUACUGGUGCCUCUUCUGGCUUCUCUCAUUCUUUCCAAUCGCUAAUAACUGGAUGGUUGUGCUCUCCACGUUCACUCACCUCCUACCGUAUAUCUCAUGUACCGCCUAUCCAGUCAUCCUUACCGCAAUUAACAAAGGAAUCCGGAGUGCUCACACCUCAAUUAUCUCCAGCCAGAAAAAAAAGUUUAUGACGAUUCGUGCCGGUGCUUAUCAGAUGAUAACCGCGCAACUUGGUUUCGUACAAACAUGGCUCCGAGAUGACACCAACGGUCAGCUGGCACCUACUAUAAUCCGUCCCCGUUGGAGCUCCUCUGGAAGUGUGGGCGUGUCUAAAGUCUGUGUAGAUGAAGAAGAGCAAGAGCCACCGACUACACAGAUCUUUUUGUAA